UCCCAAACAUAGUCUUUAUUCCCUUCAUUUUCUCUCUGCAGGAAAAAAAAAAUCAUCCCUUUUCAUAUUAGAAAGAUUAUAGCAAAACCCAGAAAUUGAAAAAUCUUGUUCACAUUUCUUUGAUUAAUAUUACCAUGAAGAGAAGUUUUUAUGAAGCAGAGGUUGAUAGCAUAACCAUGGCGAAUUGCUUGAUGCUUCUAUCCCAAGGGAGGGAAACUCAAUUUCCUUCCUUUGAAGCUUUGAAAAAUAGUGAUGUUAUUAAUUCUCCUAGUCGUGUUUUUGAGUGCAAGACAUGUAACAGGCAGUUUCCUUCCUUUCAAGCCCUAGGCGGUCACCGUGCCAGCCACAAGAAGCCUAGGUUGAUGAGCAGCGGUGGAGAUGGAAGCUCAGAGACUCAGUCAUCUUCCCCGGCGGCUAAACCUAAGACCCAUGAAUGCUCUAUUUGUGGGCUAGAGUUUGCUAUAGGGCAAGCCUUGGGAGGUCACAUGAGGAGGCAUAGAGCUGCCUUGAAUGAUCAAAGCUUGCAGCAGGUUCUUGAUGAUCAUCCUACGACGAGUAGUACUGCACAAGUUGCGGUGCCUCCUAUUGUGAGCAGAAGGGCUUUGUGCUUGGAUUUGAACUUGACUCCUUAUGAGAAUGAUUUGGAGUUGUUUAGGCAUGGCAAGGCACCUCCUAAUCCUAAGGUUAUUGACUGUUUCUUUUAGAUUAUCAUCUCUUAAUUACAUGUAAAUUAAUCUCAGAAAUACAUCUUAAUUAUAGCUAGCUGGAGGUUUAAUUUUCAA